UGACUCCUUUCUGGAUUGUUUCCCUCAACUUGCGUUUUAUAUUUCAACAGAGCACACACAAUUCAGUUUGAAAACCAGUGGUUUCUCUUUCCUUCGCUAUAGGUGUAAACAAUAUCCAGCUGGUGGCUACAGUUCUGCCUCUGGUUUUGCUGCCAUGCAUCCUGGGCGAACUACUGGUAAAGGGCCCUCCACUCACACUCAGAUUGACCAGCAACCUCCACGGCUUCUCAUUGUGCACAUUGCUCUACCGUCCUGGGGUGACAUCUGCGCCAACCUCUGUGAGGCUCUGCAGAACUUCUUCUCUCUAGCCUGCAGCUUGAUGGGCCCCAGCCGCAUGUCCCUGUUCAGUUUAUACAUGGUACAAAAUCAGCAUGAGUGUAUCCUCCCUUUUGUGCAAGUGAAAGGGAACUUUCCUAGGUUGCAGACCUGCAUUUCGGAGCUCCGCAUGUUACAGAGAGAAGGCUGUUUCAGAUCACAAGGCGCUUCUCUGCGGCUGGCAGUAGAGGAUGGGCUCCAGCAAUUCAAACAAUACAGCACACAUGUGACCACAAGGGCAGCUCUGACCUAUACCUCCCUGGAGAUUACUAUUCUGACUUCUCAGCCUGGAAAAGAGGUGGUCAAACAAUUGGAGGAAGGGUUGAAAGAUACAGACCUAGCCAGAGUCAGGAGGCUUCAGGUCGUUGAGGUCACAAAGGGAAUCCUAGAGCAUGUGGACUCAGUGUCUCCUGUUGAGGAUCCCAGCAAUGAUGAGAGUUCUAUUCUGGGAACUGACAUUGACCUUCAGACUAUAGACAAUGAUAUUGUCAGCAUGGAGAUUUUCUUCAAAGCCUGGCUACAUAACGGUGGAACAGACCAAGAACAAAUCCAUCUUCUUCUUUCUUCACAGUGUUUCAGCAACAUUUCCAGACCCAGAGAUAAUCCAAUGUGUCUGAAAUGUGAUCUCCAAGAGCGACUGCUCAGCCCAUCCCUACUCCCUGGCACAGCUGACGGCUCCUUGAGAAUGGAUGACCCCAAGGGAGACUUCAUCACACUCUAUCAGAUGGCUUCCCAGUCAUCGACCUCCCAUUACGAGCUCCAAGUGAUCAAGGCUUUAAAAUCUAGCGGGCUCUGUGAGUCAUUGACAUAUGGACUCCCAUUCAUCCUCAGACCUACAAGCUGUUGGCAGCUGGACUGGGAUGAGCUAGAGACAAAUCAGCAACAUUUCCAUGCUUUGUGUCACAGCCUGCUGAAAAGAGAAUGGCUGCUGUUAGCCAAGGGGGAACCACUGGGCCCAGGACACAGCCAGAGAAUUCCUGCCAGCACCUUCUAUGUGAUCAUGCCAUCACGCUCCCUCACACUGCUGGUGAAGGCGGUGGCCACACGGGAACUGAUGCUUCCCAGCACCUUCCCCCUGCUACCUGAGGACCCACGUGAUGACAGUCUUAAGAAUGUGGAGAGCAUGCUGGAUAGCCUGGAGCUGGAGCCCACCUACAACCCCUUGCAGGUUCAGAGCCACCUGUACUCACACCUGAGCAACAUCUAUGCCAAGCCUCAGGGGCGGCUCCACCCACACUGGGAGAGCCGAGCCCCAAGAAAGCAUCCCUGCAAGACUGGGCAGUUGCAGACCAACCGAGCUCGAGCUACUGUGGCCCCCCUGCCUAUAACUCCUGUCCCAGGCAGCGCCUCCAAGAUGCCAGCAGUCAGCAAAUCUUCCUCAGAUGCCUUCUUUCUGCCUUCAGAGUGGGAGGAGGAUCCCUCAGGGCCCUAAGUCACCAGCACCAGAGCCCAGCUGCCCAGCUUAACCACAUCCAUGCUCAGGUUCACAUAAUGGCUAUCUGUGUGUGGUCAGACCUGCUUUCUAUCCACCUGAGCCUCUGUGAGUGAGGGCUGACUGGGAAACAACAGCCUUCCCCUCCUCUGUUUCGCUGCUGUCCCACUCCUCAAGUCGGGAAGCGACACACCCGAGCCUGUCCCUUCUCCAGCAAGGACUCUCAUUUUCUUUUGAAUCAUUUGAUACUGUUUACACAGGUGAAGAUUAAACACCCAGUAAGCUUCCACCAUUGUUAGGAGCAUUCCUAACCCAGAAUUUCUUCUUGUAGCUCUGUGUAAGCAGGUGGAUGAGGUCAGAUCACCUUUGGUAAACAGGACCUCAGGAACAAGGAUGAGGUUUUCAAAGCUCAUAAAAAACAAGUAGAAUUGAAAUCCAAGCCUCAUUUCAGAGCCUGUGCCCUUCCCGCUACACCACCAGGCGUAAG